AGCAAUGUUUCAGAAUUAUUACACAGCCCUGUAUCAGUUUUUAAAAAAACAGCGAUGUGUCAACAUUCUUACACAGCCCUGUAUCAGUUUUUAAAAAACAGCAAUGUGUCAGCAUUCUUACACAGCCCUGUAUCAGUUUUCAAAAACAGCAAUGUGUCAGCAUUCUUACACAGCCCUGUAUCAGUUUUCAAAAACAGCAAUGUGUCAGCAUUAUUACACAGCCCUGUAUCAGUUUUCAAAAACAGCAAUGUGUCAGCAUUCUUACACAGCCCUGUAUCAGUUUUCAAAAACAGCAAUGUGUCAGCAUUCUUACACAGCCCUGUAUCAGUUUUUAAAAAACAGCAAUGUGUCAGCAUUAUUACACAG